UCGUAUGGUGUAGCCACUACCCAACCAUAAAAAAUAGUUUUGGAAUUUUUUAACAUGAAUUAGAUAAUUCAAUAUACUUGACUACUUGUAUAAAAAAAAAGAAAAAUUACUAAAGACAGUGUACAUCCUCACACCACGAGGAGAGUCCUCUUUUUAGUUUCUCUCUCCUCCAAUAAAACUUGAAAGUUCCCUCGAUUCCCCAGAUUUCAUUUCCCCCGAUUUUCCUUUCUAACUAUGGCGUCCCUAUUUCGAAACGUUUCUCCUCCAUUACUAACGUUUUUUCGAUUCACGGUUUUGCACCAGUCCUUUUUUUCCCUCCAUUUUCCUCUCUCCUCCCACCUCUAAUGGCGGUUGUUGCUGCUCCUCUUCCUAGUACUAGUACUACUAUUCACUCCUUCAUUACCACUACUACUAACUCCUUGUUUGCUUUACUUGCAAGCUUCUUUUUGAUGCGGGUUUCUUCUUCUUCUCAGAUCCAAACACUGCUUUAGUUCUUCCCCCUUUUACUUUCUCUCUCUUCAUUUCUUCUUUGUGUCGGCGGCGAUGAAGCGAUUUCCAUUGAUUCCCGGUAUGCCAAGUAAGCUUUUGAUAUGGCUUCUGGUAUCAUAUUGUACAGCAUUCCAUAUUGAUGCGGAAUCCUAUGAAUCUCCAUUACAGUCAUCAUUAGUAUUAGCAGCUAAAAGGCCUUUAACAGCUCCCAUUCUUGCUGCGAAUGCCAAUACACCACUUGUUGGACAGAAGGAAAAGUCACAAUACAUGAGGCGGAAUCUCGCAUCAGCACCAGUUCAGGCUCCACAUGAGCCACUACAAGCAAUUAGUGAUCCUCCUGCCGGUUCUAGAUUUCCUAAUUUGGCUAAGAAUAAUAAUGGAUCAGUACCACCAGCUGAAGGCCUAAUGCCAUCUCUCGCUCCAGAAGUUUCAAGCUGCUGUAAACCUGAUAUGGUGCAGAAACGAGAGACCCCCAGUUGCCACUGUGUUUAUCCAAUUAAGGUUGAUCUUCUGCUUUUCAAUGUGUCACAAAAUCCAAAUUGGAGUCUUUUCCUUGAUGGAUUCUCUUCUGCACUUGGCCUCCGUGCUCCUCAGAUGCAAAUGAAUAAUUUUUAUUGGGUUACCCUGACUAGCUUGAAUAUUUCACUGGACAUUACUCCACAUACUGGGAUCAGUUUCUCAGCUGGUGCCGCAUCUGCUAUAAACUCCUCACUUGUGUUGCAUAAGGUGUCGAUACCUGAAAUAGUAGGUGUGGGUGAUUACAAACUUCUAAAUGUGACCUGGUAUCAGCCUCCUGCUCCAUCACCAGCCCCAUUAUCUGCUGCAUCACCUGUGAAAACACCAGAUCAUCAGGCUUCAGCUUCUACACCAUCAGAGGCUUCUAAUAACAAGAACUCAAGCUUGGUUCUUGUCCUUAGUAUUGGGGCUGGAAUUUUGAUAAUUGUCGUCAUAUUUGUGCUAGUUUUGUGCUCUUGUUCAUCCCAUAAGAAGCCAAAACCAUUAAUGAAAGAUCCAGAGAAUCUGGGAUCAAGGCCAAGGACUUCAGAUGGAGGCACAGCUGGAGGAUCUCUUGCUCACCCUAGCAGUACAAGAUUUUUGACUUAUGAAGAACUGAAAAAGGCAACUAAUAAUUUUGAAAAAUCCAGCAUACUUGGAGAGGGUGGAUUUGGCAAAGUUUUCAAAGGUGUUUUGAGUGAUGGCACAGCUGUUGCAAUCAAGAAGCUUACAAAUGGUGGGCCUCAAGGCGAUAAGGAGUUCCUUGUUGAGGUUGAUAUGCUUAGCAGGUUGCACCAUCGCAAUCUUGUGAAACUUGUGGGCUACUAUAGCAGCCGUGAAGCCUCUCAAAAUCUGCUUUGUUAUGAGCUUGUUCCUAAUGGAAGUCUGGAGGCAUGGCUUCAUGGUCCUUUGGGGGUAAAUUGUCCCUUGGAUUGGGAUGCGAGAAUGAAGAUUGCACUUGAUGCUGCUAGAGGACUUGCAUACUUGCAUGAAGACUCACAGCCAUGUGUCAUUCACAGAGACUUCAAGGUGUCAAAUAUACUUCUUGAAAAUAACUUCAAUGCUAAGGUUGCCGAUUUUGGCUUGGCCAAACAGGCACCUGAAGGCAGGCAGACUUAUUUGUCUACUCGAGUCAUGGGAACUUUUGGGUAUGUAGCCCCUGAAUAUGCCAUGACCGGUCAUUUACUUGUUAAAAGUGAUGUCUAUAGCUAUGGUGUGGUCCUUCUUGAGUUGCUGACUGGUAGAAAACCUGUAGAUAUGUCACAGCCAGCUGGCCAGGAGAACCUUGUUACCUGGGCAAGGCCAAUUUUGAGAGAUAAGGAUCGUUUAGAAGAGCUUGUGGAUCCGAAGCUUCAGGGAAAUUACCCUAAGGAAGAUUUUUUACGGGUUUGCACAAUUGCAGCUGCUUGUGUUGCUCCUGAAGCAAAUCAACGGCCCACGAUGGGCGAGGUGGUGCAAUCUCUUAAAAUGGUACAACGGGUUACUGAGUAUCAAGACGCUGCCACGGGAUCUGCUAACAUGCGACCAAACCUUAGACAGUCUUCUACUACCUUUGAAUCCGAUGGGACUUCCUCAAUCUUCUCAUCAGGUCCUUACUCUGGUUUGAGCACCUUCGAUGAAAACAUAUCUCGAACUGCUGUUUUCUCUGAGGAUCUUCAUGAAGGCAGAUGAAAAGGAUGGUGGUAGUUAAAUUUUACUGUCCACACACUUGCUUACUCAGGGAGAAAGCAAAGAAUCGGCUCAUGUUAGUCAGCUUUGCAGGGUUCUAUGCAUUUUAAGGCUGAAGUGGGUAAUCAGUGAGGUUUAGUUAGCAGGAAAUCAAAAUCCUCAUCUUCUAUGGACAAUUAUUGUGAUAUCCCGAUUGAGGCGGUGAGGCUGCGGUGUUGCUGGCCUGCUGCAUCUCUGUGAUAAAAUGUAUAUAUUGCUAAUUGCUUAUGGUUCGAUCGGUUUCUUUCAUUAUCUUUCAAGGGCCUACAAGAUUUAUGAGUUAAGGUCAUUCCUUUUUUUACUCACCUGAUUCAUCCUCUUCUCUUAUAUGGGACUACCUUCUUUUACCCUAUUUGUUAAAAAUACAAAAUCCGUGUACAUUCAACUUCAAUUGUCAGAGUUCAUUAAUUAAAGUCAAAUGUGCAGCCUGCUGUUUCCUUCAUGGAUUACUAGAAAGUUCUUAGCAGAAUUUUUUUGUGCCUUUUCCACUUGAUUAUUUUCAGAUUUUAGUGUGAAUCUGUAAACAUUUUUUUUUUUUUUUAAAAGUUACAAAAUAAUUUUGCGUAUUGUAAUGCAAGAAUGACAGAUAUGUUGUGCAUUUGAGUACAAUGACUGAAUGACCAUAAUAGAUAGGAUAUUGAGUUAUCCGUAUUAUCCUCAAUUUUAAUAAA